ACCCACAAGCCACCGCGCGAGAGCCACGUAAACCUACGGCGCUAGCGGAAGAUACUGCUAGCCUAGCAUUCCUGCCAUUACCAUGCUAGCUGCGUACAGAGGGACAUUCCUAAGUUAACGUGAAUGAUGCAAGUCUUAAAAUAGUCAUUAAAGUUAAACGGCUUUUCUUCCGACCUAUGUGUCUCUCCCUACAGAGUAAAACCACCUGAAGAUGUCAAUGGUGCUGUUUGCGUCAGUCGUAAGGGUCGGGGACGGCCUCCCACUCUCUGCGUCCACAGACUACGAACAGGACAAGGAGCUUCAGGAAACCAAGAAGCACCUCAAGGGCCUCUCCAAAAAGCUCGGACAGUUCCCUGACCGCUGCACAGUCAAGAUCGGCCAGUUCAAUGUCAACUUCACCAGCUCGCUGGGUGUAGGCUACCUGAUGGUUUGCACAGAGAACUACCCCAGCGUGCUGGCCUUCUGCUACCUGGACGAGCUGCAGAAGGAGUUCAUCGUCACCUACGACACCAAGCGCAUCAACAGCGCCGUGAGGCCCUACUCCUUCAUCGAGUUUGACACCUUCAUCCAGAAGACCAAGCAGCGCUACAACAGCCCGCGCUCGCUGUCCACCAAGAUCAACCUCUCCGACAUGCAGACGGAGAUCCGGCUGCGGCCGCCCUACCAGCUCUCCCGCGAGGACCUGAGCUCCAUCAACGGCUUCUCCCCGCACACGCCCUCCAAGUACAAGGGCAUCGCGCCCACUCAGAUGCUGGAUCCCGUGACCUUGCCGGGGAUCGUGUCGUGCGUGCUCAGCGUCCUCUGCGGGGGGCUGAACCUGCUGCGAGGUGUCCACGCUAUAGAGAGCAUCCUGCAGAACGAUGACGAAGACUUUAAUUACGUGAUUGCCUUCUUCCUGGGCACGGCCGCCUGCCUCUAUCAGUGUUACCUGUUUGCCUACUUCUCCAUCUGGCGGACCAGCAAGAGCUUCCUGGCGCUGGGCCUCAUCUGCCUGAGCAACAUGUACCUGUCCGGGCUGAGGAACGCGUGGCAGAUCCUCUUCCACAUCGCGGUGGGCGCCUUCAUGACUCUGCAGGUCUGGCUGCGACAGCCGCUGGGCAAGGCACCGGACUACAACGUCUGACCGAGCGGAAGACCGCAAAAGAACGGACACAAAAACUGGGGGGGGGGGGGGACUUUUCCCGCGCAUAUCCUGGAAGUGCGGCAACAGCCCCCACUCCCCCCCCUCCCCCUCCCAGCAGAAGAAGAAGAAGACCCCGACCCCCAGAAACAACGAACAUCCAAAGCUUUGCUGCCGCUGAUCCUCUUGAGGUCGUGAGGCCCCACUAAGAUGGAGCUGAAGCGGACGGAGAGACCACGACUGAAACCUAGCUGCUGCUGCUGCUUCUCCUAAGGGCACCCGGCACACGAGGCCCCGGUGUCAGUGCAGACGGAGAGACCGCGAUGAACCCUAAUGCUGCCAAUUCCUAACAACAGCCUUCAGCCAUCUCAGCCCAGUGUAGUCCGGCAGGAAGCCAAGCUCCAGAACCGCCACCCCCUACCCCCCCCCCCUCCCUCCCUCCCUGCCCGGUCGACAGACACGAUGCGUACCGAGGGUCGUAUGCCAUGGCUUGGAACUAUGCAAUGCAGGCUCACGCGUUGAGCUUGUUCUUCUCUGAACACGGGCCUCCUUCUCCCUCCCCAUCAUAACAACGUGAUUGUCAAUUGCCCCCCAAAUGUCAUAUUUGCAGAUCUAUUAUUCUGCUAUUUAUUUGACUGAUUGUGUAUUGACUGGACAGUCUGGCUCUCUGCUUAUUUUAUCGCCUUUAUAAAAGUGAAAAUUUGAAAUCUUCUUAUGAGUUGUGUUUGUGUGGGGAUGAGCAGCAUACUGAUCAUCUCAGAGGGUCUUGUGUUUUUAAUGCACAGACGCAAAACACAUGCAUCCAUUGACGCCAUUAAGCAGUGCCAUGUGACGUGUCAAUAAACAUUUAUGCAUUAGCAAACCAGUGGAUCACCUUUGACUUAAGAUGACCACAACCAUUUACUAGUCGCCGGCUUACUUUCCACACGGACAUAACAGGGCGUUUUGUACAGACCUGCAUGUCCUGCUGGCAUCACAUCAUCAUACGUCAGUCUGGGGGCUGCUGCUGCUCCAGCCCCUGAUGACUCAUCAAGGCAAUUCUCUACAGAGAAGAAAUCAAAUGUUCUUGGAUCGUGCAGCAAGCAGCGGCGCCACACCUAGAUGACCUAAUGGCUUGCUUUUUAACAACACGCUUCUGAUUGGAUGGGCUCUUGAGAAACCAAAAAAAGAAAAAAACACUUUGUUAUUGACACGAGAUGAUUCUCCUUCACGCUCUCUUUCCCCGGCACGAUCAUAGUCUGAGGGGUAAAGGCAAUUUAACUUUUGUUAAAAUGUAUUUGAAUGUGUUUUUGAGCUAGGAGGUGCUCAUGCAUUCGAUGUAUUCUUCGUUGCCUAGUUCGUGAUAUGCACAUUAAUAAAGUCUGGGGCCAAUACAUUAACAGAUCGUAUCCUAUUCAUUCAGGACGCUGAAUAAUAUCGGCACAGUUUUCAUCAUUUGAAUACAAACGCCAGAGUAAUGUGGCACUCUGCCACGAUUCAUGACGAAGUUAUGACUUCCCAAAACGUAAUAAAAUCCCUGUUCAGGUAACCAGAAUGUCUUGUAGCA